CGCGCCGCCCCGCAGCUUUCCCCCAUCCCGUCCGACGACCUCCAUCCCAGCCGCCGCGGCGGUUAAACCCGACACCUGAACUCGCAGCGGCAGGCCAGCGAUGUCCGAGACGGCGGCGCCGAUCGGCUUGUCAUGGGCGCCCAAGCUUCCUUCCCUAGCGACGACGAGCUGUAGCAGCAAGAGCGAGCCGGCACCGAAGCCGAGCACCGCGCAGGGGUCGCUCUGGAAGCCCCAGAGCGAGCUCGUGGACGGGCUGUUCGUGUCUCCGAGGGACCCCAAGAAGGUUAACAAGCUCACCAGGAAGAGCGUCAAGGACACCACCGGCAAGGGCUGGUUCGACAUGCCGGCGCCGACCAUCACUCCCGAGUUGAAGAAAGAUCUCGAGAUUUUGCAGCUGAGGCAUGUAAUGGACCCAAAAAGGCACUUCAAGAGGGCAGGAAAGUCCAAGGCCCUUCCCAAGUACUUCCAAGUUGGUACAGUUGUUGAGCCUGCAUCUGAGUUCUACUCGGGUAGGAUGACAAGGAGGGAGCGUAAAACAACUUUGGUUGAUGAGCUGCUAUCGGAUCAAUAUCUUAAGAGCUACAGGAUGCGCAAGGUACGGGAAAUUCAGGAGAGCCGUAUGCCAGGAGGCAACCAAAAGUGGAAGAACAAGGGGAAGCAAACACUUAAGAGGGCCAAGGAUAGGAGAAAAUGAGAUUAGUGCGUCAACUGCUUUGGUUGUGAGAAAGAAGGGAGUGGAGAAAUGGACAAAGGAUCGCCUUCAAGUUGCACUAUACUUUCUCUCGAUUCUGUGGUAUAAAUUGUGUUUCCAGUGUCAUGCAGUGAACUUCAGCAACAUGUUAAAUGCGUGUUUGCCUGGGCUUAGGAUCUAUGGUUUAUCUUUAUCUAAAUGGAUGCAGUGAACUUCAGCAACAUGUUGCACUAGAUGGUCCAUUUUUUCAUCUAGGAGUGGAGAAACCUUCUUGUUUUAGCCAUCAACAUGUGUCCCUACGUUGUUUGGCAAAGCUGCAUGACAAAAAGUAUUUUGUAGGCCAAAAUUGUUUGAGGACAUGAUUUGCAAUGGCAAAAUAGGUAUCUCGGUCCUGAACUCGAGGCUCAAUUUUCAGAUUGUCCCUUAACUUCUGAACUUUACAUGGAGGCUCAAUUUUCA